GUUGACUAUUUGGUAUAGGCUACAACCAUGGCGUCCGUUGUAUUGAAAGUCUUAGGUCUGACUCUGGGUUUGUUUUUUAUUUUUGUGGGUACUAUCAAACUGACUCCAUCUGUAAACGGGGAGAUCUAUAAAGAAAUGAGAAAAAUCUAUAUCCGGAAUUCAAAAGUUUUUCCUCUUGUAAAACAAACUGGUUGGAAGCCAAAUCCACACAAUUACAGGAAAACAGUUGGCUCUGCAGAAAUCAUUUGUGGGGCGUUUCUUGCUUUUUUACCAGGUCCUCUGAAAGAAGGAGCUAACAUUUUCCUACUGUUAAUAACACUAAAUGAGAUUUAUGCUCAUUAUGCCCUUGAUGAAGGAUUAGAGAAAAUGAGCCCUGCCAUUGUUUUCUCAUUGCUUUUGACUUGUCGUUUAAUCAUCUUCCUGCAAUCUCUGGCUGCUGAACCCAAGUCUGUGUUUGAGAAGAGUCAACUUGAUACAAAUGUUGUUCCUCCUGCAGAUAGAGGAGAUGUGCGAGCUGAUGAUAAAAAAGAGCAGUGAUCUUUGAUUGUUUAUUUAUUAUUUAUUUAUUUAUUACAAAGUAGAAGACCAUCUUUUCCACCAAAUUGCAUUUACUGGUUGAGGGUUCUAUUUUUUAUCAGUAAAGUAAAAUUGUAAAGCUAGAUACUUAUUCUUUCUGUGUUAUGAAUGGAUAAAUCUCUAAAAAAAAAUUCUAAAGUUGUUGAAAAACUGGUUUUUAUUACUUUUUUAAACCAUUUAUUUUGCCUAUAAAAUGAAUUAACUGUUUACAAAAAAAAAUGUGUUUUUUUUUCUUAAUCAAAUGAUGUGUUAAGUUUGUGAGAUGGCUGCAGAUUAUUGUUUUAAUAGUUUUAUUACCAUCACAAGUAUUUUCAUGAUUUUAGUUAAAUACUAGUAACUUUAAAUGUAUUUUCCAGGCAUUUAGAAAAAAAAACUCAUCCUGGCAUUGAAGUACUUUGUGUUAAAACUUUGUGAAAGGAAAAUAAUUGUUCGUCAUUUUUGGUACAUGCAUAGUAGUGAUAUUUUUUAUUACUGCUGUUACAUUUUUUAAGGAAAUUAGAUUAGCAUUUAUUUCAACAUAAUGUACCCUAUUAGAGUUAUAUUUUACCAAUGUGUUCAAGGGUGACUAUUCUAACAUGGCAGGUGGCUGCAUUUUUGUUAGCUACAAUACAAUUUUUGAUUACGCUAAAGUCCAACCAAUUUUUGUUUCACUUUAAUUUUUUGAGGGUUUUUUUUUCAUAACCAGACACUAAAGAUUUUAUAUGAUUAAAUGCCUACUAGUUUUCUUAUUUUCAAAAUUAUAUUUUUACAUUGCUUAUUUGACUUCCGUUCAUAACAUAAGCUUUACCAGUAAUUUCUGUGGCUUGUUUUAGAUAAAGCAAUGAUAGUCCACAUCAUUUGUUGCAUUAAAAAUUUGUUUGGCAUAUUGAAUCUCAUAUAGUUUAGUUUUGAUACUGCUUAUUGUUUUCAAAUGCUAAAGUGUCAGUAUUAUCUGGGACUGUUGCUUCAUCAAUUCAAUUGUCCCUUUUUUUUUUUUUGGCUUUCUAUAUCUUGAUUUAUUAAAUAUAGCCAAGAAGAUUUUUUCCCAACAUUUUAUUUUCUUGCAUCUUGUGUUGUACAAACUUGCCCUGUCCAUCAUGCAUCUUGAUGAGUGCUUAUGUCUAUGGUUGUUUUUUUUAAACAUGUAACAAUGCUGUAAAUAACUUAAUGAAUAUUCUGAAUUGAAGAAAAUCAUGUAGCAAAAAUGAUUCACAUACAAACACACUGACUGUGAUGAAUGCCAUUAUAGUCAUUUAUAUUUUUCAUUGUAAUAAUUACCAUCUACUUUAUAUAAUUAUUUUUGUAACAUCACAAUGUAAUGUGUAGGUAAAUUGCCUUCAUCUCCUAAAUUCUUACCUCUUAAAGUGUUGAUACUUGAAAUAAAAUAUGGCAUUAGAAGUA